ACUCAGCUCCUUGCUACUCUUCUCUCGGAACGAAGACAGUUUAAAAGGAAGAACAAAAAAAAGCAACAGAAACCCUAAUUCGCGAAGAACCCUAAUCUCAAAAUUUAUGAAUGUAAAUGCAUCUGUAGCAGAACGGCGGUUCAUCGGAAAAGAAGCCGCCGCUUGUUUACCUUCCGAUCCCAAACCUAAGAUCAAACAUCAUCUUCCUCAGAGCCAUCUGACCGUUGAAAUCGCUGAUUCAUCGUCUCCGCCUCAGUCUUCUCACCCGUUUGAUCUCCGCCUGGGCUCGAUUUUGUCGUUUGUGUCAUCAUCGCUUCCGUCGAUCCCCUCCGCGACGAACCAGAAGCUCCUCCGCCAAGUGAUUCGAGUCCGUUUGAUAUGCUUCCACCUCCGUUUCCUGCUUCUCCUCUCCGUCCCUCCUCUCUACGUCUUCUUCCUCUUGAUCAGUUUCCGCUUCUUCCUUGUCUUCGUCUUCUCCAUUCUCGCCUUCUCCUUCAUCCUUUCCAUCUCUCUCAAACUCGCUCUUCCUCACCUUCCGUCAAUUCGCCUGAUCAUCGCUCGCUUGCUAUCCCUCAAGCUGAGAUCAUCCUCCUCCUCCUCCUCCUCUCAGGUUGUUUGGUCAAUCGGGUCAAAGCCCGUUACAGAGAAGAAGACCAAUUCAGGGUCUUGGGUUCACAAGUACAGCUCCGGGGAUGUGUACGAGGGAGAGUUUCAUAAAGGCAAGUGUUCAGGGAGUGGGGUUUAUUACUAUUCGAUGAAGGGUAAGUACGAAGGGGAUUGGGUUGAUGGGAAGUAUGAUGGGUAUGGAGUUGAGACGUGGGCUAAAGGAAGCAGGUACCGAGGUCAGUACAGGCAAGGGAUGAGGCAUGGAGCUGGGAUCUACAGGUUUUAUACAGGGGAUGUGUAUGCUGGUGAGUGGUCUAAUGGUCAGAGCCAUGGGUGUGGUGUGUAUACCUCUGAGGAUGGUAGUAGAUUUGUUGGAGAGUUUAAAUGGGGUGUCAAACAUGGCCUUGGUCAUUACCAUUUCAGAAAUGGUGAUACAUACGCUGGAGAGUAUUUUGCAGACAGGAUGCAUGGUUUUGGAGUGUAUCAAUUUGGAAAUGGGCAUCGGUAUGAAGGAGCCUGGCAUGAAGGGAGAAGGCAAGGGCUUGGUAUGUACACAUUCAGGAAUGGUGAGACACAGGCAGGCCAUUGGGAUGACGGUGUUCUCAGCUGUCCUACCGAGCAGAGCACCCGUCCUGGUUCAUCCUUUUCCAUCAGUCAUUCCAAGGUUCUCGACACUGUGCAGCAAGCUAGGAAAGCAGCCGAGAAAGCACAUGAAGUUGUGAAAGUGGAAGAGAGAGUGAACAGAGCAGUGAUGGUAGCAAACCGAGCAGCAAAUUCUGCUAGAGUUGCUGCAACAAAGGCUGUUCAAACCAAAACAUAUUACAGUAGUGGCGGCGAUGAUCCCUUGUGAGUUCGUGUGUCAAAGCUUUUGACAUAUUAACAGUCAUGAAUCUCACCUCGAACUUCUUCGGUGACAUGAGAGAGAAAAAGAGAGACAUCUAGAGAAUGGCAGUCAAAAUUCGCAUCUCCGAUGAGAUUAUCUUGAAGGUGGAAACCACUUGGAACCAAUGUCGAGAUCUCAUAUAAGUAUUAAAUAAGAGAUCUGGCUAUGGAGCAAGCAAUGCAGGUUUACUUUUUUCUUCUUUUCUCCCAGCUCUCUUCUUUGUUAUGAGCAGGCAGGUUUAUAAGCUGUACAUAGGUUGUUGAAGAGUAAGCAAUGUGUGUUAACAAAAGAUCUUUGUAACAAGCGUAACCCAUGUAGAGAAGCAACAAAACAUUGUCUUUUACGUUUUCACCGUGUGAAUAACAACAUCUCUUCUUACUA